CAGUCACAAUACCAGUAUUAAACUUCGGGAUGCUGCUCGGCUGGCAGUCUCCCAUGACGCCGAUCCUGCAGGACCCGUUGGGCCCGGCGCCGGAGCCGGUCUCCGACGAGACCCUGUCCUGGAUGGCUGCCCUUACCUUCCUGCCGCCUAUCUUCUGCGGAUUCCACAUGGGGAACCUCAUCGACCGCUUCGGGCGGAAGAGCUUCACGAUAUUGACGUCACUGUUCCUUGCGAUGAGCUGGUCCAUCACGCUGUUCUCGCUGCGGCCGUGGGCGCUGAUCGCGUCACGUGUCGUGGCCGGCUUCGCGUGCGCCACGUGCUACGUCGUCACACCUUUGUACCUGAAAGAGAUCGCGUCCGACAACGUCCGCGGCGCGCUCGGCUCCCUCUUCAUCCUUGCACAGAACCUGGGCUACCUCGUGAUAUACCUGUGCGGUGACCUGAUGCCCUUCGCGUCGGUCAUGUGGCUGUGCACGGCGGUACCUGUGCUCCAUCUGCUGGCGUUUAUGGCCAUGCCCGAGACGCCUGUGUUCUUGAUCAAGCAGGGGAAAUUAAAGGAAGCCAGAACAGCGUUGGCGUGGUUACGCAACACCACCACCGAUGAUAAGAACUUAGAAGAAGCCAUCCAGGAGUUGGAGAGAGAAGAGGAGUACACUAAGUCCAUGGCGCAUGCCAGCUUUAAGAGCCUAGUGCAAGACAAAACGCGUUUCAAAGCGUUCCGGAUAGCAGUCAACGUGAUGCUGUCCCAAGAGACGUGCGGAUACCUGGUGGUACUCACGUACGCGGGAUCCAUCUUCGAGAAGGCAGCUGAGACCACCAGCCUGAAGCUGAGUCCGAACAAGCAGACCAUAGUGGUGGGGGCUCUGCAACUGCUGGGGUCCAUUGUGGCCAGUUGUAUUGUGGAGCAAACUGGAAGAAAGUGGCUGCUGGCUUGCACAUCCUUCGUCACGGGGCUGUCCAUGCUGACGCUAGGGCUAUGGUUCUACCUGACGUCAGCAUCCUUCUGCCUGCCGGGCUGGCUGCCGGUCAUGGCCAUGUGCCUGUGCAUCUUUGCUGACGCGUCAGGGUACCAGCCGGUGCCGUAUGUCAUCAUGUCCGAGCUGUUCUCGUUUCAGUACCGUGGAACAGCCACCUCCCUCAUCAUAUCCAUGACAGCUCUCAGCGACUUCCUCCAAACAAAGGCCUACGAUCCUCUUCUGAAACUCUUCGGGAUCCACUGGGUUUUCAUCAUGUUUUCCAUCAUUUGCUUCUUGGGGACCUUCUACACUGUUCUAUGGGUUCCAGAAACUAAAGGCAGAACCGUGGAAGAAAUCUACGCCGUUCUAGAAGGGAAGAAGGAGGAUGAGGAAACUGCGAAAGAAGUUAGCAGACUGUGAUAACGGGGAAUGAUUAUUGUGAAGUAAAUGCUGGUUUUAUUUUCGAAGUGUCCUCGAUUUUGAAUUUUUUUUAAUGGAAAAAAAUAAAAAAAAUCACUAGGAGUGAUGUGGAUUGUCGUAACUGCUAUUACGUCUUAUAUCGCCAUAAAUGUCAUAUUAUAUGACACUAUAUUUAUUAAGCACAGUAUCAUACCUAUUAUUUCGGCCCAUCAUUAAAGUUUCAGUCUGCAACUGACUUCUUACUGGUCUCUCCAAUACAAUUUUAAAAUAUUGUCCCAUCUGGGAAUCGAACUAUUGAACUGUAUGUUAGCCUACUUACCGAGCAGUUAUUAGCUGUAUGAACUGUAUUGAGUCUGCUUACCGAGCAGUUAUUGAACUGUACUUACAAUAAUACUCGUCUACAUCCAAUAUUGUCAAAUGGAAAGCGACACUCGUCUUGAAUUUCUAAGAUAGAACAUUCUUUAUUUACGCGUCACCGCUCAACCAGUUUUGUUGCCAUAUUUUACUUGUGUGACCUAAUGAAUAAAAACCUAAGCUUGUGUUGCACCAUCUUACUUUAACUUUAACAAACGUCAAAAGUCUGUCAACCUCCAUACAAAAAUCAUCGGAUAAAGUUACUGUGAAAGCAAGAUGGUGCAACUCAGCUAUAAUGUAAAUUAAAUACAUAAAUAGAAACACAUUUGCUCUCUACAUGAAGGUAUGUCACUGUAAAUGUGAAUAAGUAUACCGUCAGAUCAUAAUCUAACGAGAUUGUACCUGUGUUGUAAACUAGAGUAUGAACCUUAACUGCUUACAAUUAAGCUUAUUUUUUCGAUAAAUUACAAUAUGUCAGGCAUUAAUUUGUCAACCUAUGGACAUACCGUACUAGAGUUAGGAAUCAAACACAGGUGUCUGGAAGAAUCGCUUCUUAGCGAUAAGACCGCCUAAAUUGUACUGUUUCGAGUUUAUUAUCUUUGAUUUUUCUGUUUUAUAUCUAUUUUUAUUCAUUUCACUUAUCUACUUAAUAAUGUAACUCAUGUUAUGAAUCAUGUUUAAUUUAUGUCAUAAAUGCGAAAGUACCUCUGUUAUUUAUUUUAUUUUCAUGCUGCUGCACCAAUUUUGAUAAAUUUUAAUGUAGAGAUAGCUACAUAGAUUGAACUUGCGAAAAGAUCGAAAGCUUCAUUUGUGGUUAAAAAAAAUAACAAAAAAAAAGGUGUGAAAUGGGAGAAGAAAGUUGGAGUCCCCCGUUUCAUGAUUUAAUGAUAAUAAAAUAUGAAAUAAGUAUCU